ACGAGGCCCCUGCGCACAUGCGGCGGGAUCUGCAAGAUUAUCCAAUUAGCUCCGUCGCCUUUUAGCUUGUGUAUAUAAGCGCCCUGUAUGCUGUUCUUUAGGUUUAUCUGCACACCGCUGAAUGCUGAUCGGCUGACAUCGAGUUCUUGAGGAUACACUGCUAUUAGCUAACUAGAAUACGAUGGGUGAUCUGCAGAUCGUGCUGGCAGGGGGGACGAUCGAGGCGCAGCACGUGGAGAUGAAGGUGCCGCUCUACUCCUACGGCUGCGAGAAGAAGAUCAAGAAGGCGCUGUCGAAUCUGAAAGGGAUUCACUCGGUUCAGGUGGAUUACCACCAGCAGAAGGUGACGGUGUGGGGGAUCUGCAACCGGAACGACGUGCUGGCGGCCGUCCGGCGGAAGCGGCGAGCGGCGCGGUUCUGGGGCGCGGACCAGCCGGAUCUGGGCGAGGACGCUAGGCAGGGGGACGCCUCCAAGCACUACCUUCGAGCGUUCGCCGCGUACAGGAGUAGGAAGUCGUGGAAGAAGCUCUUCCCCAUGAUCCGGCUGUAACAGCAGUAGGCCGCGAGUGCGAUGUUUUGUCUCAGUGCCUGCUGGCUGCUGCAUGCAUGGCCGCGUGCGUGUUGCACUGCAGUAAUGGCCGGGAGUUGCUGGUAGUUUGGUACAGUAGCGCAUGAUGUUACAUAUCGAAUAAAUGUGCUCUGUCCUUGCCUUUUGGAA